AUAAUUCAGUUUAAAUACGCUGACUUUAUAAACCAGAAGGAAAGUUCCAGCUUUUAUCGCCAGUUUGAAUAACACUUAAUCUGUUUAUAAAUGACUGGUAUAUUUUUAGCUGCCCACAACAUUAUUCAGGUCGAGCAUAUUAACUUCAAUAUUAGUAUAGUGAGCGCAACGCUUGUCAAAAUGUCUCAAAUCGACUCUGAAUUCACAGGAAUUGAAGCGAUUUUAGAAAAACUGUCGAUAGAAGACCGCACUCUUGUCAAAGAUGUUUUGUACGGUAAAGAAACUUACACUUUCGAAGUGUCAAAAGAAGCUUUACAACUUGCACAAGCUUACCACAUCGAAUUGAAAACGUGCGGAUUCAAAUCGAAAACGGAACAAACGCGGUCGUCAAGACUAACACGCGUCGGAGUCUUCCAACAUGCCACACCUUUACCCACAUCGUCGCCGAUCUUGGAGAUGCGCGAAGCUGUCUUCCAACUAGCAAAAAAUGCCAUCGCGAUUGCCGCAGCGGCCAACGUCAACGUGUUCUGCUUUCAGGAAGCUUGGAAUAUGCCCUUCGCGUUUUGCACGAGAGAAAAGGAUCCGUGGUGUCAGUAUGCGGAGGAUGCGAAGCACGGACCGACCACAAAAUUCUUGCAAACUCUCGCAAAGGAUAACAACAUGGUGAUAAUAUCACCAAUAUUGGAAAGAGAUGAAGAACACGGCGACACGAUCUGGAACACGGCCGUUGUGAUCGACAAUCACGGUGAUUACUUGGGGAAGCAUCGCAAGAAUCACAUACCUAGGGUCGGUGAUUUUAACGAGUCCACAUAUUAUUUUGAAGGCAACACGGGACAUCCAGUUUUUGAAACUGAAUUCGGCAGGGUGGCUGUAAAUAUUUGUUACGGACGUCAUCAUCCUUUAAACUGGCUAAUGUUUGGAAUAAAUGGUGCAGAACUCGUCUUUAAUCCAUCCGCCACGGUGGGCGAAUUGAGUGAACCUCUGUGGGGAAUCGAAGCCCGAAACGCUGCAGUGGCGAACGGCUACUUUGCCUUCGCUAUUAACCGUGUCGGCACUGAAACGUUUCCAAAUGAAUUCACGUCCGGCAACGGAAGACCCGCCCACAAAGAUUUCGGACAUUUUUACGGUUCCAGUUAUGCGGUCGCACCCAACGGCACUAGAUCAGAGGGGUUAUCGCGGACGAAAAACGGUCUAUUAGUGACCGAAUUGGAUUUGAAUUUGUGUCGGCAAGUGCGAGAUCAUUGGGGAUUUCAGAUGACACAACGAUUGGAUUUGUACGCGGAAUCAUUACCGAGAGCGGUCAAGCACGAUUUUAAGCCGCAGAUUAUCAGAAAACAAUUUUAAUUUUAAUAAAUUAAUUUUUUUGUAAU